AUGGACUGCUCUCGGAAGCGGAACCUGGACGAUGAGGAAGAGGGGGACUUUAGGGUCCUCUCAUCGCUAUCACGUCCCAUCAGUCCUCCGCGCAAGAGGAUACGCCAGGGGCAAUUCCAUAAGUCGCCAUGGCAGCUCACUCGGAUUCGGGACCUGCCAGAAGAAUUGAACAGAGAUACUGUUAGGCUUCGGGAUAUCCUAGACGACCCUCUGAUCACCGAGUGUUGGCAGUUUAAUUUCCUUCAUGAUAUUCCCUUUGUGUUGAGUGCUUUUGAUGACAUGGUGAGGAAUAGAGUCCAGUUACACGUGGUCCACGGAUUCUGGAAGAAGGAUGACGAGAGCCGUAUUGUCCUUUCGGACCAGGCAGCUCAGUUUCACAAUGUUCAUCUACACUGCGCGCCGAUGCCAGAGAUGUUUGGCACACAUCACUCCAAGAUGAUGGUCAUCUUUCGCUCUGACGACACCGCGCAAGUCGUCAUUCAUACUGCGAAUAUGAUACCCAAAGACUGGACCAACAUGACCAAUGCCGUGUGGAGAUCCCCGAGGCUACCCCGGCUGGGGGAGCAGGAUACCCUGUUCCAGCAAGGGCAGCAGCUUCCUGUCGGUAGCGGCACGAGGUUCAAGGUGGACUUGCUGGAAUACUUGAGGCAGUAUGAGCUCUACCGACCUACUUGCAAGCAACUGGUAGAUCGCCUUGUCAACUUCGACUUCUCAAGCAUCCGGGCGGCCUUCAUCGCUAGUGUUCCGGGCAGGCACAGCUUUCGUGAUGCGAGCAGGCCUGCCUGGGGCUGGGCCGCGGUGCAGAGAUGCUUACGAUGUGUGCCGGUCGAGCGCGGACAGUCGCAAAUCGUGGUUCAGAUAUCUUCGAUUGCGACCCUUGGCGCCAAGGAUGAUUGGCUGCAAAGGACAUUAUUCGACUCGCUUGCCACAUCCCUGACGCCUAACACGGGGAGACCGGGCUUCAAGGUCGUCUUCCCCACUGUAGACGAGAUCCGAAACUCAAUCGAUGGAUACGCUUCAGGGCGUUCGAUUCACACCAAGAUCCAAUCGCCGCAGCAGAUUCGGCAGCUGGGAUAUCUCAGGCCAAUCCUACACCACUGGGCCAACGAUAGUGCAGGCGGAGCAAAGCUUCCUGGGGAACCGUCAAUUAGCGGUGAUAGCGGGCGAGACCGAGCGGCCCCGCACAUCAAGACGUACAUACGCUUCAACGAGAGCAACACCAUUGACUGGGCCAUGCUGACGUCGGCCAACAUGUCAAAGCAAGCGUGGGGCGAGGCGCUGAGUUCCACCACGGGAAAUAUACGAAUCGCAUCAUGGGAGGUUGGUGUGCUGGUGUGGCCGGGGCUGCUCUGUGAAGACGGGGCCAUGGUGAGCUCCCCGAAGUCGCUCGUCCCUUCACUCGCGCUGCCCUUCUCCAUCCUUUACCUGUGUACAGUAUGGACUGCUAGUACCCGAGAAGCAAACUUGGGUCCUGCGGCCAGUGGCAUUCCCGGGCCCUCUGGCCACGAUCACCCGGCCUUCCCGUCGUCGUUCCGUUCUGCAUCUCCUCUUGCCGGACAGGUUCUGGCUCAAGAUAUUGCAGAAUGUACCGACGACGACUUCGAUCCCGCCGACGACCAAAUCGACGGCGAACAUAGCCACCACUUCAUGUAUCGCCGGCCCAGCGGCGUGGCCUACGGCGCAGCGCGGCCUGCCUUCAACCCGAACGGCCUGGACGAGCCCAUCUUGACACCAUUAGAGCGCAAGCAAUCUCGCGAUGCCGAGCGCAGCCUCCUGCGGGACAACCACGUCCUGCCGCCGAAACAUAACAACAAGAGCCAGUCGAUUCCCGCUCGAAUCUACCGAAAGAUUUUCAGCACCAAGGUCCCCGUCGAGGAAUAUGAGGGGGAGUCAGAGGACGACUCGCCGCUACUCUCCCGCGAUGACGACCUCGACUAUGGCACACGAUCCCGCCGACAGAGACCCGUCCCUGAGGGCGAAGAGGAUGUGGACGAGCAGUGGGAGGAGGCCAUCACGACGGGGCGCAUUCGCACGACGUGGCAGCGCGAGGCCAAGACGGUUCUGUCCUACUGCGGGCCCCUGAUUGUCACCUUUUUCCUCCAAUACUCCAUCAAUGUGGCCGGCAUCUUUGCGGUUGGUCGUAUCGGAACCAUAGAGCUGGGAGCUAUAUCAUUGGCCAACAUGUCGCAAGCCAUCUCCUGCUUGGCCCCCUUCCAGGGCUUGGCGACGAGUCUGGACACCCUCUGUGCCCAGGCUUACGGAUCUGGCCACAAGCAUCUGGUCGGCUUGCAGUGCCAGCGCAUGGCGUGCUUCCUCCUGACCCUCUCGGUGCCCGUCAUCCUGCUAUGGCUAUUCGGAGCCGAGCCGAUCCUACAGCGCAUGGUGCCCGACCCGGAGUCUGCUCGCCUUGCUGCCCUCUACCUCCGCGUCAUGAUCUUUGCCAUCCCCGGCGUCAUCUUGUUUGAGUGUGGCAAGCGCUUCACGCAAUCGCAGGGCCUCUUCCAGGCCACGACAUACGUUCUCCUGUUCGCCGCCCCCUUCAACGUCUUCCUCACCUGGUUGCUCGUCUGGAAGCUGGAGUACGGCUUCAUUGGUGCGCCCAUUGCCGUGGCGAUUACGGAGAAUAUCCUGCCGGUUCUCCUCUUUUGCUAUGUCCGCUUCGUCAAUGGCCGCGAAUGCUGGGGCGGCUUCAGCAAGCGAGCGCUCAGCAACUGGUGGGUCAUGAUCCGGCUGGCGCUGCCGGGUAUGAUAAUGGUCGAAGCCGAGUGGCUCGCUUUCGAGAUCCUGACUCUCCUGGCCAGCCGCUUCGGGUCCGAUUACCUCGCGGCCCAGAGCGUCGUCUCGACGAUUGCAUCCAUCUCGUACCAGAUUCCCUUCCCCAUGUCCAUUGCCGCGUCGACGCGCGUGGCCAACCUGAUUGGCGCUGGCCUGGUCGACGCAGCCAGAGUAACUGGCAAAGUGACUUUUGUGACGCACUGUAUCCUUGGACUGCUCAACUUUGCGCUCUACAGCGGUCUUCGAUACCACCUGCCGCUGCUCUUCACAGACGACGAGACGGUGAUUUCCAUUGUGGCCAGCAUUCUGCCGGUUGUCGCCGUCAUGCAGGUUUUUGACUGCCUGAGUGCCGGCGCGCACGGAUUGCUGCGCGGUAUCGGCAAACAGAGCAUCGGCGGGCCGGUCAAUCUUAUCUCGUACUAUGCCGUCUCGCUGCCCAUUUCGCUGGCGCUGGCCUUUGGAGCCAACUGGAAGUUGCAGGGCCUGUGGGCUGGUGUCAGCGUGGGACUGUUCUUGUACGUCGAACCCUCUUCUUCUACCCGUGAUGCAACGCGGUUUUGCGGUACUCUAACCUAUUCAUGA